AUGCUGCUGCUGCAGAGUCUGCUUGGGUAUAUCAUCAUUAAAGCACUGAGCUGCAGCAUGAGUGUGGGGAAAUACCACAGAUUACUACAGGGAGCUACAAAAAAAUCACCAAACUGGAUGCGCUGAGCAAUCAAAUAAGGAUAUGCGCUGAGGAACAUGGAUUGUGAUUCGCUCGACAGCUGCAUACAGAGCACCCUGUCAGCACUCUACCCCCCGUUCGAGGCCACUGCUGCCACAGUCCUGUGCCAGGUCUUUGAUGUAGUGGAGAAAACCUACCGUGGUGACGGACUGCGCUAUCUCAUUGAUUUCCUGGUCCCGUCCAAGCACAUCCUUCAGUGCAUUCAGCAGGAUGCCUGUUUCCAGUACUGUGGGUAUCUCUUUCGUCAUGAAGGCUGGCCUUUGUGCAUUCAUGACAAGAUUGUAGUCCAGCUGGCUUCCCUAGACUGGCGAUCCCUACAGCCGGGCGAUUUCUACCUACAAGUGGUGCCGUACCUGAAGAAGACCCCGCGGAUAGUGUUGAAAUGCUUAGCGAGGGACGGGCACAAUAUAGAGGAGCUGGAGGUGCCGGAGAUAACGUACACUUCCAUUUUCACCACGGAAUGGCUGGAUUCAAUUAACCGGGAGCGCAUGGGAACAGCUCUGGAACACUGUCUCUUAUCGACUGACAGCAACAUCUAUCGGGUGCCUUGGGAGGAGGUGGUCCGACCGGAGUUCAGGAAUAAACCGAGAAUGAUCGAGAACGUGUCUGGGAUCACUAGGGCUUCGGGUGACGGGACUUGCCCGAAAGCAUUGCAGGAAAGCCAGCACAUGACAAACAGUUCAGACCCCUCGACCUCUGCGGGGCAGAUGCAGAAAGGACCCGACAUCCGGAGGACUUCCAGUCAGCCCCGCUUCGAUGCUGUGAACUGGUUAGACGUCUCGGAUAACAUGUCAGAGGAGUCCGACCAGGACCUUGAAGGGGAGUACGUCGAACUGGCGGACUUCCCCUUGCCCAGGUUUUUCCCACAGAAAGGCUCGUUGACUGAAUCUAUAAGCCUGAAUUAUAGGAAUCGGAAUAAACCAAAGACAUGCUUGGAAGCAAAAACACCUGACUGUCAGAAUAAUAGCACUUGUUCGCAAACCUUGAUCUGUACGAACCUUAUAGAACAGAACCUGAACGCGCCAAGCGGGUUCUGCUCAAAAUCAACGGGCACGUCUGUUGGCGUAGGAACCGGCAGCCCAGUGGAAGAAGGGAAGGUGAACGGGGCAGUUGCGGUGAGAGUAGACAGCACUUUAAAUGAUAUGGAAGGUAUAACACAGGAGAUUGUUACAGCUGUGCCUGAUUCAGAUUCUCUGAAAGAGCCAGGUUGUAUCAGUGGUGUUCCUGAUGUACAGGGCUGUGGAGAAAGCAGCACUUUGAACAAAGGGCUGCCUAGUCACAGUGGCAGCUGUAAUACACACUCGCCAAGUCAUGGAAUUCAGACAGAUUUCAGUAAUACGUUAUUAAGUUGUGAGAGUAACUCUGAUGAUUCACAGGAAUGCAGAGGGAUUCUAGAAAGAGAAAAGGGGGUUGUUGUUGUUGUCGAGAGUGGUAAUAGUCGUCCAUUAAUCACAACAGACAUGACACCCAGCCUAAGUGACACCCAUGACAGUGUCUGUAAUGAGCAUGACAGCACACUGAUCAAUGCCUCUCCUGCUUCUUUCACUGAACAAUCCCAGCAACAAGCAGAUGCACAAAGGGAGUGCAGCAGCGACUGUUGCCAGUUACUUACCGAGAGUGUUGAUCCCCCACACACAGCCAACCCAAUACCCAAGCUCAUUAAUCCCUUGUCUGAACCCUCAGAUGUGAGCACCUCAGCAGCUAGUCCAUUGUUGUUUAGCACAGACCGUGCCUUGUCUUCCGAGAAGACACAUGGCGAUGAACUGGAACCGGGUCUCUCCCAUUUUAAAAGCACUUCAAAGGAACAGGUAGGCUGUUCAGUUGAAGGGCAGGACCGAGACUGUGUCAAUGGACGUGUUUGUAAUGGGGAGGAAAGGCUGCAGGAGGCUGAUCUGGUAAGCAAGGACUCGGCUAGUGUAGAAUCCACAGAGACUGUGGAACAUAAUGACAAUGCUGACAGGACAGGACACAAAGGGGUCAUGCACAGACAUUCCACACAGACCGCAGCACGUUCACAGCAGGCUUUAUCGCAUUCGGCAACACCUGAAGAGGAUGCCGUCUUGCCUGCAAGCACAGGUGAUAGAGACGCGAAGGAAAUCGGCUGCCCGUUGCAGGAAGUGAGUUGCACGGAGUCUUCCGAUCAGGUAGAAACAGAGCACAAACCAAGCACAGUUGCAGGUGAGGACAGAAGUAUGGAAUGCGCAACAGAGAGCUCAGAAAUCCCUUUUAAUAACAGUGUGGUCGAUAGAGAAUCGGCAGGAUCGCAUUCCGUUUCAGAUCUGACAAGUUCGGAACGCCCCGCUGGAUUACACGUUGAAAAGAAUGGCGAUGAGAGCUGCAGCGAUAAGUUGGCUAAUACAGUGGCACUGGAGGAUAGCCAUUCAUUACCAGCCACAGUAGCACAGCAGCAGAGGCCAGAGGAUGGCGUGUGUAUGGGUGGAACUGGGUUCUCUGAGACACUUCCAGAGGGCAGGGAGGAACAAAGAAACAAGCCUGAAAUGACUCUGAAAGUAAUUCCCAGUUCUGUAGGUGGGGAUCAAGAAACUUCAAUGGAAUCGCACCAGAAAGGUAUGGAAGAGCAGAAGGAGCAGGGCGCUGAGGCUCCUGUAUCUCCUGCCAGGCAGCUCUGUGAAGCUGUGAGCCGGGAGGAGAGAGUGGUCCUGAAGCACCAGGAGUCUCUCUCUUUUGUUCCCAUCUCUUCAAAGCUGCAGUCUGUACCGACCCAGGCACUGGAUAUCAACCCUGCUGUGCUGGACUCGGGAGUGGUCUGUUUGCCUGGUACGAGAGACAAAUGCGGGCGUGCCGUUGUGAUUGUGACGACCAGGAACACGAUUUGGUUAAACCCCAACUGCAACAGCACCGAGCUUGUACGGCUUCUUGUCUAUUUCUACACAAUUCUCAGGAAGGCGGUCCGAACCAUGGGUCUGACUGUUCUGGUUGAUGCCCGUAGAUGCUCGCCUGUUCCAGCACUGUUCAAAGCAUUUAACCAACUACAGGAAGCUGUCCCCAAUUGUAUUCACACUGUUCUGCUGCUUGCUGAAAGAGACCUCACCUUUCGGAUGGAAAAGCCCACAGCUAUGCAGUUCGAACUCCUCACAUCCCUGAAGUCCCUCCACAAGCACAUGGACGCCUCUCAGCUUCCACUGGAGUUCGAUGGGACCUUUCCGUUCUGCCACAGUGACUGGGUGUGCUUUCGCACGAAACUGGAGCAGCUGGUACAGUGUUGCAGGUCAGCAUCUGGCUUCCUUCAGGUCACCAUCACCAGUCUGGAGUCCAACAGAGUACCUGGGACAGCAGAGGAAGCCCAGGUUUUACUGGGGAGGUACAGAGACCUAAUGAAAAGCGUUCUUGAAGAUAACCGAUUGGUCAGGCUGCAGCUGGAGGGAGGAGCCACCCUUUCCAGACUGAAGAAAGAGGAGUCAUGCGUGACGCUGACUGAAGAUUACAGAGAUGCCAUUGAGACGGUUACGGCUCUGUACAACCAGGUUGAUGAGUCGGUCCAUCGUCUUGUGAGGCUGUCGAAUAAGUGCAUGCAGGAGCUGGAGUUUGUAAUGGAGUUUAAAACUUUGGAAGAAGGGUUCAAGGAGGUUAGCGGCUGGAUUGAGCAGGUUGGAGAAAGUCGACUGAAGAAGCUGAGUGAGCUGGAUGAUUCUCUGGAGCAGUUACGUUGCACACAGACUGACUUCAGAGACUUCUACUCUUCAGCAUAUACAUACUGCAAGAACGGUGAGGGGCUCUUAAAGAAGCUGGAGCCGUGGGAAGACGUCUCCUCAGCAGAGCUGCAGGUCUAUGAAGUGAAAGUGCAUUCGUUUUGGGAGCAGCUGAAGGACUUCUCACUGAGAGUGGAGGAUGCCAAAGGGAAGAUCGACAAGACAGUCAAACUGUAUGAGUUUUUCGACAAGGCGUACGAGUGGGCACUGGAGGGUAUGCGCCACCUUGCCUGCAUCACCAUGGAAGAUUGCAGCAUGCCAGAGAAGUGCGGCACGGUCAUCAAGUGCCUGGAUGAAUACUGGCGGCAGCACCCAGAUAUCCCUGAGGCCAAAUUCACAGAGAUGAAGGAGCUGGCAGGCGAAUUAAAAAAUGACAGAGGACUGAAGCAGUGGAAGUUCGCCUGGUCCAAGUGCCAAGAAACCAAGCAGAUGUUUGAGAAGAAGCUGGAGGCGGCUCUGAGGACCAGGAGGUCUCUGCCCUUGGACAGGGGAGCGUGUUUGGACAGGGGCAGCGUUAAGAGCUGCAGCAGCGCCAGCCCAGCGAGCAGGCGGCACUCGGAGGGCUCGGAUCAGAGGCUGCAGCACGAGCGCAGCCACAGCAUUUCAUAUUCCUGCAGCAGGAAAUCGACCUCCAGCGGCUGGACCAGGGACAGACUGGCAACCCAUUCACCCGGCAGUUACUACGGAGCCGGGAGCAAUGGUCUAGAGGACUCUAUAGCAGAAUACGUUUUCAAUAGGACCCCCACCCCAGGCCGGCAUGGCUUUGAUCACAGGGUGCCAGGGCAGGCCGGUGCUGCUUCGGAUUCUCACACACUGACCCGCAGCACUUCUUCAGAGGAGCCUGGCAGAGACACCCUCGCGGCAGGACUCCAGGGCAGGGCUUCCUCCUGCUCCUACAGCCUGGGUUCAGGCAGCCAGCAGGGGAAGAGGCUGCUGAGGAAAACCCAGAGUUUCGAAGUUGCUCCCAGCGAGGGGCUGCGGUACGGCACCUGCCACAGAACUCUCAGCGAGCCCGCCAGGCACGGCAACACUGGGGUUUUUAUCAAGGGCCUGGAAGUGAGCAGUACGGAGAUUGUAGACCGUACCUGUUCCUCCAGGCAGCAGGUACCCCACGGCUGGUCUCCUUCACAGGCAGACGAACAGAGGAGCAGUACCCCGAUGCCUGAAGUGAGGGCCAAGGGCAGUAAACUGAGGCACAUUGUGGAUGAGAUGGUGACCACAGAGCAGGAGUUUGUGCGCUCGCUCCACUACAUCAUCGAUAACUACUUCCCUGAGAUGGAGCGGCCAGACCUGCCCCAGGACCUGCGGGGGAAGCGCAGUGUCAUCUUCGGAAACCUGGAGAAGCUCUUCGACUUCCACAGCCAGUACUUCCUCAAGGAGCUGGAGAGCUGCUGCAACCACCCGCUGAGAGUCAGCCACUGCUUCCUGAGACACCAAGACCAGUUUGGGAUGUAUGCCUUGUACAGUAAGAACAAACCAAAAUCUGAUGCCCUGCUGGCUAGUCAUGGGAAUGCCUUCUUUAGGUAUAAGCAGUUGGUGCUCGGGGAUAAGAUGGAUCUGGCCUCCUACCUGUUGAAGCCAAUCCAGAGGAUGAGUAAAUAUGCCCUGCUCCUGAAGGACCUGAUAAAGGAGUGCAGCGAGGCACAAGAGCAGGAGCUCAACUACCUCCGAGCAGCCGCCGAAAUGGUCAAGUUCCAGCUUCGCCACGGCAAUGACCUGCUGGCGAUGGACGCCAUCAGAGAUUGUGAUGUGAACCUGAAGGAACAAGGGCAGCUGGUACGACAGGGCGAGUUUACUGUCUGCUACGGGCGAAAGAAGUGUCAGCGCCAUGUGUUCUUGUUUGAGGACCUUGUGCUCUUCAGCAAACCCAAACGAGUUGUGGGAGGACUAGAUGUCUACAUCUACAAGCAUUCUUUUAAGACUGCAGAUGUUGGUUUGACAGAGAAUAGUGGAGACAGCGGUCUGCGCUUUGAGAUCUGGUUCAGGAGACGAAAAUCAAAAAACCAAACGCACAUCCUUCAAGCAAGUACACCUGAGGUCAAACAUGCCUGGACUGCUGAUGUAGCUAAAAUACUUUGGCAGCAAGCUACAAGAAAUAAAGAAGUACGAAUGCAAGAGAUGGUGUCCAUGGGUGUGGGUAACAAACCCUACCUGGAUAUUAAACCCAGUGAUGCUGCCAUCAGUGACAGAGCCAUUGACUAUAUUAUGAAAGGAAGAGGGGCCAGAACGCGGGCGUCCAUCGCGGUGUCUUUGUUUGACCACUCCAACCCCUUCAAGAGGACGCAAACGCCCAUUUCUGCCAGUAGUGCCCCUACAGCCUGCAAUGCACCUUCCUCGUCAUUACUGGGGCCACUUAAUCUGCACAUGUAUACCAGCCAGUCCUUGCUGUCUGGGGUAAUGGCUACAGACAGGCCUUUCUGCAUUGGCACUUGCAUAGAGGAAGAUGAGUUGGAGCAUGACACUAGCAGCCAGCCUUCGAUGACUACAGAAAGUUCUGAGUCUUCGUCCCACUGUAUGUCGGGCAGUGGUUCCAGUGGAUCAGACAGCGGCUGUGUGUCCAACAUUCUCCCUGAAACCCUAUUAGAGGAGCCCGGAUCACCGUGUGAUACAACAUGCUACUCCCCGUCUGGAUCCAGCCGCAGCUCGAGCGCCACAUCGCCACUCGACGACAAGCGGAGAUUCACAAACAGCCAGUACAUUUCAGCAAAAACAGGCCAACUCAUAAGUCCAUCCACAAUAGUGUGAGAGCUGUUACCCCCACCUUUAUUAAGUGUGAUGUCUGGCUGCUCUUGAAAAAGGCAAUGCUGAGUCCCUUUCAGAACACAAGAAAACAAAAUCAAUAUUUUUUUUUGUGCUUGUCAAAACACAGCAAAACAUUUAUACAAAUACUGAAAACUGGAAAGGUAGCACUGCCUAAAAGUUGUUUCAUAGCUUUCUUUUAUGGCACAAUAUUUGACUGCAAAUAUUCUUGUUUAACUUUUUGAAAAUGUACCAAUGAUUUUGUGCAGAUUUCUGUAAAAUUUUGAAAAAGUUGUAAAUAAUUAUUGUAAUAGUUUACAAUGCAGUUACACAUUGUUCCUUGUAUUUUUGACCACUUGAGCUGCAGACUGAGAAAUAAAACAGCAAAUAAGUCAUAUUUAUACAAAAUAUAAAGCUGGAGGGAGCAGCUACAAUACAGCGAAUGAUACUUUGUGCUUACCUGAUCAUUUAGAUAUUGCACUUCUGGUUCUGUGAUUUAAUUGAAGGAAGCAGCAUUUUCUCAUUCCUAUGGUUAUAUGAGGAAUUUUACAUGUUGAUUGUUUCUUUAAUACACAGUGUAAAUUCAGGGGUUUAAAUGUAAUCGAUUUAUAUUGUAGUUCAGGAUGGACUAAUCCUUCUGUCCACCUCUCCAGAAGUCAGAUUUAACCCAGCCAGGCAUGCUGAUUGAUGGGGGGCACUGAUCUCACUGUAGAUGAAUGUCCAACUGUAAAACAUAGCAAGUAGGAAACAGAACCACCAAAUUCACAAGAAAUGCAGUUUAUUAAUAAAAACUUCUACAGAAAAUAUUUCAACCAUGGAAAAAAUGAAGUGUUAUAAUUAUUUAACUUCCUUUUCUUUUUUUAAAAAAGGUUGUUUGUUCAGAUUACCUUAAAAACACACAGCAGUUUUAAAAAAAUGUACAAUUUGUAAAUAAGGAGAUACUUUGCACCGGUGGUGCUUUGUGGUUUAGUGGAAAGGCGAGGGUUACAAUAACAUUUUACACUUCUGUUAACUAGCAAAGCAGGGGAUCACUAAAGUGCCAUUCUUAACAUGUAAUAAACUUAAUUUUCAUUUAGAGCUGCAGCAUUAAUGUUUACUCAAGUUUCAGUUUUAUUAACUCCUAACAAAUGUUCUAAGUAUUUAAUAAAGAGGAACUGCUUUGUAUCCAAA